GCUGCUCCUGCCAGCGAGGAAGAUGCUCGAUAGAAAUGGCGCUGACGGCGUGAAGAGCUGAUGCUUUGCUUGGAUCCACAUUCGCGUCUACAAGGACAACCGUAGUUCCACGACAAUGGCGUUCAAGUGAGACAUCGGUUCCGAGUGCCGAUUCGGAGCAGCACCGCCUUCCCCGUGGGAGAGUUUUCACCCAGACUGCGAAGGAGAGCGAAUCUCACCGGGAGCAUGGCUUCGUCCUGCAACCAGUACAUCUUUGGAGAAUUCAGCGCUGAUGAGAUCAAUCAGUUCUUUGUUUCUCCUCGAUGUUACGUUGAGUUGCCUCCGUUCAAUGACAAAGUCGCAUGUGUCAGUCAAUCCUCUGGAUGUUACUGCACUCCUGCUGUGCCUUAUAUUAUGGAGUCAAAUGGACUGCAGGUUUGCGCAGAGGACUACCAACACAUUGAGUUUGGCGUUGAUGAGGUUAUUGAGUCCAAAUCUGGGGGACUAAAUGAUCCCUUCUUCAAGGUGUCAAGCACCCUGAACCCUCAGGCUCCCGAGUUCAUCCUGGGCUGUCAGCCAGGACAGAAACCACAGCAGACUACAUCUCCACGGCCUGAUGUUCCAGAUGGAACUCUGUUCAACGCCAUGGACGGACCUGACUCUGGGGUCUUGGGCUUGGACAAUCAUCAGGCCUGCUCAGACAUGGACGGUCCGGGCGGUUUAGGACAACGCGAAAGAAAGAAAAAGAAAAAACGACCACCUGGCUAUUACAAUUACUUGGACCCCUCCACUUGCACCAACAGUACUGUUGUAGCAGAUGGGGUGCAGAUGACGACUCUAGUGAAUGGACAUGCGCUUGGUCCCACACAUCACAAUGCUGAAGACGUGGACAUGAAAAUACUAUCAGGCCCUGAACUUUGUGCUUCUGGUUUUCCCUCUCCUGCCAUAGCCGCAGCCUCGGAAACCGCUUUUGUUCCCGCACCCACUGCCAUUCAGAGGACUUGUGAUAGCCCUGAUGACUCUUCCUUGUGCUUUACCAGUGGAGCGCCCUCUUUAUCAGAUGGCAAUAAUGUAUCUUCCUCAUCCUCCUCCUCAUCUUCUCAAAGCAGAGGGAUGGCAGAGGAACCAAGGACUGCAGAAAAGCAGCCAGAUAAUUUGGCUCCACAGAGUUUUGAACUUUUAGACGCACCACAUAGUCUCCGAUCCUGUUCUCCCCUUCCUCCUUCAGCUGCUCUGACCUCUCCCUAUGUCUCCUCCUCCUCCUCCUCCGUCAUGGCCACUGAACCCGAUGUGGCUGACAGCGGGGUGGCAAACGGACUCACAGAGUCCAAUACUGCAGACAGUGCAGACGGACAGAGAGAAGACUCUGAGAAUGUGGAGCAGGCUCAGCAGGUCUCCCCAGACUCCACCUGCCAGCCAGUGGUGUCAGAACAGACCCAUUUACCCAUGAUUCCAGCUGCUGCUACUGCCAACCCCCCUAAAUCCUGGGCGAGCCUGUUCCACAACUCAAAACCUUUGCCUGGAGGCCCUCAGGCCGUUGUGGAGGUGAAGAAUGUAGUGGAGGUGGUGACACCCACUGUUACACUGCCAGACCAGCCUGAGAAAGUUGUAGAAGUCAAAGGCAGCCCUGUCCAUGUAUCUGAAGACCCCAUGGCCCCCAAACUUGCAGAACUAAUUGAGAAUGUGAAGUUGAUACAUAAACCAGUGUCUUUGCAGCCAAGAGGACUUAUCAACAAGGGAAACUGGUGCUACAUCAACGCUACCCUACAGGCCCUGAUUGCAUGUCCCCCCAUGUACCACCUGAUGAAGUCCAUUCCCGUGCACAGUGAGAGCCAGAGGCCGUGCACCUCCACGCCCAUGAUAGACAACUUUGUUCGACUGGUCAAUGAGUUCAGCAGCAUGCCGGGCCCAGCCAAACCCAAACAGCAAGCUGCCGGUGACAAAGUCAUUAAAGACAUUCGGACUGGCGUGCCGUUCGAGCCGACCUACAUCUAUAGACUUCUAACUCUCAUCAAAUCCAGUCUGUCUGAGAAGGGUCGACAGGAGGAUGCGGAGGAGUAUCUGGGCUUCACUCUUAACGGACUGCACGAGGAAAUGCUGGCUUUGAAAAAGCUAAUCUCACCUCAGGAAGACAAGCCUCCUACAUUGAAUGGACCAAAGUCACAAUCUUGCUUAGAAGAUGAUGCUGCUGCUGAGGAAGAGGAGGGAAGCGAGGACGAGUGGGAGCAAGUCGGCCCCAGGAACAAGACUUCCAUCACUCGCCAAGCUGACUUUGUCCGCACACCAAUCACCGACAUAUUUGGUGGACACAUCAGGUCGGUGGUGUACCAACAGAACUCAAAGGAGUCGGCCACGCUCCAGCCAUUCUUCACCCUGCAGCUGGACAUCCAGUCGGAGAAGAUUCGCACAGUCCAGGAGGCGCUGGAAACCCUGGUGGCACGAGAGUCAGUCCAGGGCUACACCACCAAAUCCAAGCAAGAGAUCGAGAUCAGCCGGAGGGUGACUCUGGAGGAACUCCCUCCAGUGCUUGUGCUCCAUCUCAAGAGAUUUGUCUUUGAAAAGACGGGAGGCUGUCAGAAACUGACCAAGAACAUCGACUACCCUGUUGACCUGGAAAUAAGCAAAGAUCUCUUGUCGUCUGGAGUGCGGAGCAAAGUCGUGAAAGGCCAAAGAACUUACAGGCUCUUUGCAGUCGUGUAUCACCAUGGAAACAGCGCCACCGGCGGCCACUACACCACAGACGUCUUCCACAUUGGUCUGAACGGAUGGCUGCGCAUCGACGACCAGGCGGUGAAGAUCAUCAGCCAGUUCAAUGUGGUGAAGCAGACGGCAGAGCGCACGGCGUACCUGCUCUACUACCGCCGCAUGGACCUGCUGUAGGAGAGGCACACGUUGCACAUGCCAGGAGGCCCUGCAUCCACCCGCCGCCUACAUCCAUGUUCCGAUUGCGCGCAGUUACAUGCACACGCCACACAAACACACAUCCCACAUCAGAACGGGAACACUGCCCAACUUCUCUUGCAAGAUCCUCCUCCCUCCUGCUUCUCGGAGAACCAGCCUUUUCAGCAUCUUUGUCUUCGACUCGUGCGGAGGGAGAAGAAAGUCCGAGGUCUUCACGCGACUGCUCUCCUCUCUGCCCACCACUGCUGUUUUAUUUCGUUCGAGUUGCAAGGAACGUCUUUCAGACUGGAACAGUUGCAGGCUCCACUUCGACCUCCACCCGUGCAGCUUUGCUUUUACCGGACGAGAACUAUCCACCACGUACGCGUGGACGUUUCGAGGAAACAUCAGUGUUUGCCUUUCAGCAAGGAGAACUGUCGGCCUCCUGAAUUUACACCAGUGCAUCUGCGAGGUCCAGCACCAGCAUUACCACAAGUCUCCACAUGGUUCUGUGUCACCGACUUCCCUUCUUCCAUUUGCUUUCUUUUAUGACGCUUUUAACGGAGGUACAGCCCGAGCAAUCAAAUGGGGAAUAUUUUUGGUGGUACACUGAUGAAGCACCUCCUUUCUAAGAUGGUCACGGUUCCUGGGUUAGACUUACAGAGAAUCUACAAAUCUUUUAUGCGCUUUAGAAUUUAACAAUAUGAGCUUUUGUGCACAAAGCUGAAAGUGAUGCAACAGGCAGAUGCAUAUUCACUAAUAUUUAGAGUAAAAUGUAAAAAAAAAAAAAAAGAUGGAAAAAAAAGAUGAGAAUUUAAUUUAGCUGACUGAAAACCUGUUUGAGUCCUUGAGGACUGCGCUAGUUUUUAGACUCAGUUUUUGCACUGGAGAGAUGGCAACCAAUCGCAACGGAUUCCACUGCGAAGCUGUUUACGUUUCCUCCUUGGUUGCGAUCGUCCACGUGUCUGAGGUUCCCCCCGUGUCUGGGCGGCUCAACGGUGAUGCCCAUGUGACCCCGCUCAGCCCAAAGGUGGGGCGGCCUUAGAUUCUGCGUUUUCCACUGUGUGUGGAAGCAACAGCCAGUCUGUUGUCUGAGGUGUGGAGGGGUUUUGCCCGACACCUCAGAGCACUAUAUUUACCCACAGGCCUUGUCGUUGAGUGGCCCACUCCGGGCGGAGGCUCUGGACAUGUGCACAAGAGGAAAUAGUUUGCUUUUGUUGAAGAUAAGUUUGGAUCCUUCACUGAUUGUGUUGAUUUUUUUUUUCUUUUUUUUCUUUUAGUUGUUUUCUCUUUUGUCAUUUGAUCGUUGAUUUGACAUCCCCAUGCUCCUCUCUGAAGCACGCUUGCAUUUGAGUUGGUGUUUGGAAAGAUAUCACAGAGGCUAAAGCACAGCGCUGAAUAAAAACAAAUGAUCUUGUCCUUUUGCUUGAUAUUUAUUUUGUCACUGUCUCUCAAACGCCUGGCCCUCGACAUUCCGACAAAGUAUUGGUACUGAGGACUAAACCCGCGUGUCUUUUCUCACAAAUUCAACAUUGGAAUGAGUCCGAAAUGUGGUGUGUGCCUCUUCAAAGAUUUAUUUAAACCGAUUUAGUUUGUUUCCUUCAUAUUUCUCAUUAAAAGUUUGGCUUUCAGGAUAAAAGGAGCGAGCAUUCUCGGCUGUAGUUCAACUUUGGUCAUGUGACCACCUCCACACAGGGAAUGUCCACAUGCUCGGCGCGCUGCUGGCUCUGUAAUGCGCACAAGUUGUGUCAUUUCCUGCUCCUGUGAAGGAGGUCAGGACGGCCAAACCUUCCACUUCACAUCGUGACCUUUCUCCUGUACCAUUGCUGGUGGGCGCUCCAGAAAUCUUCUCUCACCAAAACUGUCUGCUGCUGCUGCCGGGGAUUGUAGGGAUGUUGACCGAAAUGAAAACCCUGUCUUUUAAUUUGAAGCCGCCAGCGUUCUAAAGCGUUCUUUUGUUUAUUGUUCAAAUAAAGAAUUGUGCAAAAUCUGUUUGCUAAUGAACCGAA